UUAAGAAACCAAUAUAAACAAUUCCUAGACCACGGAACAUCGCAGACGUUAAAUCAGGGCCGUCCCGUGGCAUAGGCAGAGUAGGCAAAUGCUAAGGGCGCUGUGCUGUUCAUCCAGGGGCACCCAGAUGAGUGAAGAUGAUUAUAGAUUUUUACUUUUACUAUUUUAAAAUUUUUUACUAAUACAAUUUAAUACUAUUAAUUUGAAAUAUUACAAAUACGCAAAAGGCCCCAGAACAACAUAACUACAGCUUAUUAGGCCAUAUUUUCUGUGUUGCCUACAGCUUCACCCUGGCUUCAAUCCCUCCACCCCAACCCCAUCAGUUAGACUUAUCUGAUUGUGGAGGAUGAGUGAGUUCAGUUAUCUAGUAGUGAGUGAUACUGAACAUGAAACAAUAUAAAUUAGCAUCAGUAGCCUACUUCAAACAAUGGUGCCCAGGGAAGAAAAAGAAGAGGAGAAAAAACGGGAUAGGGACAGAGAUGCACUUUUGAAAUACUUGAAUCCCACCCCUGCACCUCCUGGACAAUCUGCAGACACCUCCUCUACACAGCCCAGUGAUGCUCCUGGCCCCUGUACCUCAACACAGCCCAGCGAUGCUCCUGUCCCCUCUACCGCAACACUGCCCAGUGAUGCUCCUGGCACCCCUACUUCAACACCGCCCAGUGAUGCAGCAUCAUACCCUCCUGUCCCCUCUACCUCAACACAGCCCAGCGAUGCUCCUGUCCCCUCUACCUCAACACAGCCCAGUGAUGCUCCUAGCACCUCUACCUCAACACAGCCCACCGAUGCUCCUGUCACCUCUACCUCAACACAGCCCAGCGAUGCUCCUGUCCCCUCUACCUCAACACAGCCCAGCGAUGCUCCUGUCCUCUCUACCUCAACACAGCCCAGCGAUGCAGCAUAAGGCAUCUA